UAAUCGUGGCGUCUUUUAUCACUAUUUAUAGUUUUGAUCAACCUUUGUUUCCAUACUAACCUCUGUUGUCAUCACUCUUUAUUAUGCUUACUGGCUGAAAGAAAAAGUUGGUUUGAAUUCGCACGUCAGUCAAAUAACUCGAGAUUUUUUUGAUAAUUUGACGGCAAUCAUAAAAAAUGCGAUAUUUAAUAAUUUUGUUGUUGUGUUGUUUAUUAAAGAAGACGACCAGUCGGCCCCAAGCGGUCACUCAAGAAUACAAGGAUGCCGAAGAAGCCGAAUACGAGAAUGAUGACUCGCCAGAAGAGACGCCUCACAGAGAUGAAGAUGCAGCCGUUGAGGAAAGAGCUAACAUGAAAGAGGAUGAUGAAGUAAUCGAGCCGCAUCACAGUAGGAACUACUUUUUCAAGCAUCAUGGUGCAGACAGGAGCCCAGAGGAGAGAACCACCAAGGAGAACACUAAUGACAACUUUUCAGACUUCAAAUCGCUCAGCAGACUCGAAGGACCUGAUGAGGACGCUCCUGAAAACGACCAGGAUCAACCAGCGAUUAACAAAAGAUAUAACCGACAUAACGAACCUAACAACCCUAAAAAUCCAUUUCUCCAAGCAUUAAUUAAUCAAAGGGAAAACGGAAUACUGCGUAAUCUUCAACUAUUUAAAAGAAGAGAUAACGUUGCUGAGCAGGAAGAAAGCAGCGACAAUUUGUACGAAAACGACUCUAAUCAAGAACAACUCAGUAAGACUGAUAAAAAUAAACGUAACGAUGACACCGCUGAACCCAUGGGUCAAUCUAACUAUUAUAAUCACUAUUACAACAGAUCACCAUCCGAAAACAAAGAAUCUGAAGGUAAUCCAUAUGAGGAAAUCAAUACAGAAGAUGCAAAUCGAGAUCGACGUGAUGCAAAUGAUCCUGAUGAAACUAAUAACGGCAAUUCACAUGAUAAUAAAGAAAAGAAAGAUUUUGAAAACUUUGAAAAUGAAGCUGAACAAGCCAUUAUACAGAGAUAUGUGAAAAAACUUAACAAAAAUGAAAUGGAAAACCUAAUGAAAACUCUAUCCGAAGAUAAGAGGGCCAUUUUAGAAGAAAUUAUUAGCGAUGGCAACAAUCAGGCGAUCAGCUUAAACAAACGAGAAAUAACCAAGAAAGCAGAAGCCGUAGAGGAAACUUUAUUGGAGGGGGUACAGUCGGAAUCUAAUAAAAUCUCAGGCCCCCUUGUAAACUUUAACCUGGCUAAUGGAAUAACUAAUAAAAACAAUGACGCAACAGGAAUGACAUCAGCCGUAGAAGAAAACUUAUCAAGCACAAAGACUUGUGAAAAUAAAGUAAGAAGAUCCAACGAUGAAGGGGUAUCAGAAAAAUCUGAAAAUGGGGCAGUUAGUACAAGUACUACUGAAUCCGUAACAGUUAAAAAUGAAAAUAAAAGAGAAGUGAACAUUAAUGAAUUAAAUAACGAUGACAACUUACAUAUAAAUGAACCCCAAGAUUCUUCUAUUGUUGGUUCUCAAGACGAACUGUAUGCUAGUUCUCAAGAUGAAGAUUUGUCACAAUUAAUGGACGAUGAUGCGCAAUUACAUUAUGAUUAUCGUAAUCCCCAAAAACGAGACUUAAUGCUAGAAAACACCGAAAAUAUGGCUGAACCUAUGAAAUCUUUACAGGAAUCCUUUUCCGAUACGAAUAAUUAUGAAAACACUGGCUACACGGGCGAUUUAAAUAUGAUGCCUUUAAUAAGAGUCAAGAGGAAAAAUAAUGAGCAUGCGGUUAAAAAGCGCGCUGCUGCUAUUUUACCAGAAUCUAAUGUAGCUUACGUUCCGGAAAAUGAGGACGAGGAUAAUGAUGAAGGCAACGAAAUUUACGAUAAUGGCUUUUUUGAUAGAACGGCAAGCUUUGCUAAAAGCAACAAGAGAGUUGGCAAGGUGGGUGAAACAAGAGAAACCUCUUUUAAAUUGAACACUGAAGGGAAUCAAAGCGUGUUCAAGCGGUCAAGCGCAGAGGGAAGUCAUAUCGAUGACGUUGCUAGAGACACAAUGAACAUCGGGUCUGAUACUGACGGUGUUCUAUCUGGUGUGGAAGGAGUCAACGAAAAUUUGAUGUACAGUGGUGGAUGUCGGAAAAAACGAGCCGCUGAGGAAAUUACAAAAUUGGUACCCGUUGACGACAUUAUUAAUGUGAACAUGCUCUCAAAUGCUUCGCGCUCAACUUUAAUAGGUGACACCGGCAGACCUGAAAUCUUCGGAGUGAGUUUUAAUAGCAAUGAUGCGUUUGGGACCUCAUCUAAAACCUAUGCUGGAGAAUCUGGUCGUUAUAAAAGAAUACGGCGAUUAAAACAUAUUUCGUCUGUAACAAGCUCUACAGCUGCAGCCGUCAAACAAUAGACUUGAAAACACUUCUUUAUAAGUUUUUAUAACAUGCUCGGAACAAAUAGUUUUAAUUACUUUACAUUAGUUAUUUUAGAAUUUGUUUUAAGUUUUACUAAUGAUGUUGUUGGUAGGUAUCUAUUGUAAAGAAUUAUA